AUGAAGAAGGCAAUUCGAAAAGCCUUUGGAAGUUUGAAAGGAAUCAAGGAUGAGCAAAUUUUUACCUCCUUAAACAAAGUCAAUGAGACUUUGACCAUGCUUAGCAUCUUAAAAGAAGCAGAAGUAGUCACUGUCAGCUCAUUAGAAUCUUUGUUGCUAUUUAUCCCUGGCUCAAAGUGGUCAGUAAUAUCCAAGUUGAUGCAGCCUAAUAGAGUGGAAUGUGAUUCUCAAGAGUCAGACACAAAUGAAUUUGUAAAGGUGGCUGCAGCUUUGCAGUCUCUCAUCAACCACAUGCUUUCAUCUAUUGAGAAUUUUCUAAGCCAUGUGGAAAAUUUGCAUAUUUGCAUUCAGAAUCUAGAAGUAGGAGUUGAACGCCUCUCAUGGCAACUAAUUAGAAUCAUACUUUCCCUUCUCAAUAUCAAAAAUCACUAG